AUGUCUUCCACUGAAGAAGUGAAUUACUUGCAGAUUCCUCUGCAAGAAUUAUCAGAUGCAACUAACGCAUUUUCCGAGCAGAAUCUCAUUGCAAGGGGUGGAUUUGGGAAGGUAUAUAAAGGCGUAUCUGUAAACCACGGCAACAUGGCCAUAAAGAUGUUGGAUCCUUUGCUAGGCCAAGGAGACCAUGAAUUUAAAACAGAGAUUGCUUUACUUUCAGUUUAUAAACAUGAAAACAUGGUAUCACUUCUCGGAUUUUGCGAUGAAGACGGGAAGAAGAUACUUGUUUAUAAGCAUGAAAGCAAUGGCAGCCUUGACAAACAUCUAAAGAGUACGGAUCUAACCUGGAUACUUGUUCAGAUUUGCCUAGAUGCUGCGCGUGGGUUACAGUAUCUUCAUAAUGAUGUUGGAUCUGAACAUAGGAUUUUGCACCGUGACAUCAAGAGUUCAAACAUUCUUUUAGAUGAGAACUGGAAAGCUAAAAUCGCAGAUUUUGGGUUGUCCAGAGUUAGCCCUGCGAAUACGCAGUCUACCUUUCUUAUCUCCAAUGUUUGCGGCACAAUUGGAUAUAUCGAUCCAGACUACUACAAUACUGGUUUACUCACACAAAAGUCUGACGUUUACUCUUUUGGAGUUGUGUUGUUUGAAGUUUUGUGUGGAAGGCCUACCCGUGUUAGAGCGUUCCGUGAUGAGCGUCAGUUUUUAACUAAUUUGAUAAAAAUACAUUGGAGAAGAAAGACAUUAGAUGAGAUCAUCUAUCCUGAUCUACAAAAACAGAUAAACGGAGCUUCAUUAGUUACGUUUUCAAGCAUUGCCUACCAAUGUUUGAUGAGCGGAAAUGAACGUCCAACAAUGAAGAAGGUCGUGGAACAACUACAGAAAGCUCUUGAUAAUCAACUAGUAAGCUGCUGA